AUGAGCCGUAUAUCCUAUCGAGCAUCCAGUGGAGGAGGGAGCAGAGGCUUCACCUCCGGCUCUGCAAUUGUCGGUGGUGGCGGUGGCGGUGGUGGGCGAUCCAGUUUCAGCUCCUACUCUGUGGCUCGUGUUGGAGGAGGAAGGGCUGGAGCUGGUGGCUAUGGACUCGGUGGAUUUGGUAGCCGGAGUCUGUACAACGUAGGCGGAAGCAAACGGAUCUCCUACAGUACCGUUGGAGGUGGUUUCCGACCUGGUUUUAUUGGUGGUGGAGGAGGAUUUGGUGGAGGAGCAGGCUAUGGGUUUGGCGUCGGUCUUGGUGGAGGUGCCGGUGGCAUGGGUUUUGGUGGUGGGCCCGGGUUUGGAGGACCUGGUGCUGGCUUUAUAGUAGGUGGCCCAGGUUUUGGUGGAAGAGGUGGCCCUGGGUUUCCAGUUUGCCCACCUGGUGGCAUCCAAGAGGUGACCAUCAACCAGCACCUCCUGCAACCCCUUCACCUUGAGAUUGACCCAGAGAUUCAAAGAGUGCGCAUUCAAGAAAGGGAACAGAUCAAGACGCUCAACAACAAAUUUGCCUCCUUUAUUGACAAGGUCCGAUUCCUGGAACAGCAAAACAAAGUCCUUGAAACCAAAUGGGAUCUCUUGCAACAGCAGGGGACAACUGUUCGGCAGAACAACAUCGAUCCCCUUUUUGAGGCCUAUAUUAAUAACCUGAGGAAGCAUUUGGAUAAUGUGACCAAUGAGCGGGGAAGGCUGGAUUCAGAGCUGAGAAACAUGCAAGAUAUGGUGGAAGACUACAAGAACAAAUAUGAAGAUGAAAUCAACAAGCGGACGGGUGCAGAGAAUGAAUUUGUGGUGCUUAAGAAGGAUGUUGACAGUGCCUACAUGAACAAGAUUGAACUUGGCAGCAAAGCCGAUUCUCUGAAUGAUGAACUUGAAUUCAUGAAAGCGCUUUAUGAGAUGGAACUAGCUCAGAUGCAACAGCAAGUAUCUGAUACCUCUGUUGUGCUCUCGAUGGACAAUAACAGAAGUUUAGACUUGAACAGCAUCAUUGCUGAAGUCAAGGCCCAAUAUGAAGAUAUUGCCAAUAGGAGCCGAAGCGAGGCAGAAGCAUGGUAUCAAAGCAAGUACGAAGAGCUACAAGUCUCUGCCGGGCGUCAUGGUGAUGACCUCCGCAACACAAAGACAGAAAUCACCGAGCUUAACCGGAUGAUCCAGAGGCUGCGCAGUGAAAUAGACGCCUUGAAGAAACAGUGUGCUAAUCUUCAGGCAGCCAUUGCAGAGGCCGAGGAUCGUGGGGAGCUUGCCUUGAAGGAUGCCAAACAUAAACUGAGUGAACUGGAAGAAGCCCUGCAGAGAGCAAAGGCAGAACUGGCACGACAACUCAAGGAGUACCAAGAACUGAUGAACGUCAAGCUGGCCCUGGAUAUUGAGAUCGCCACCUACAGAAAGCUCCUGGAAGGAGAGGAAAUCAGGUGGGUUGGGAGAAGCAAAGCUCCUGCAAAAUGGGCUGUCGUCAGCAGUACCACUAGCUCUGGAUUUGGUGGUGGAAGCGGACUCUCACUGGGAGGAGGACAUGGCGUUGGCCUGGGAGGAGGAUUCGGAGGAGGAUCCGGAGGAGGAUUCGCACUCGGUGGUGGUGGCGGCGGCGGCGGCGGCUACUCCCUCGGAGGUGGCAGCAGUUACAGUAGCGGCAGUGGGUUUGCUUCUGGGGUCAGUCUGGGAGGCGGUAGCGGUUACAGUACUGGAGGCGGCCGUGUCUCCUCAGGGGGUGGUGGAAGCUCCAGCGUGAAAAUUGUAUCAAAAACCACUUCAAGCAAGAAAACCGUCUAUUAAAAAUUGGCCCCAACCCGUGGACGGCCUGUUUGUAUUGCCAACUGCCAAGUGUGGAAGCUCUUCAACCCAUUUCUGUAAAUAGCUCAGCAAAGCUCUUCCUUCCCUCUGACACUUUCACCUUUUCCAUACCAAAAAACAAACAAACAAAAAAAGGUUUUGGGUCUAACGAUCCAGGUGUCUCUGCCCUUUUCCAGCCCUGUACUGACUUGAUCCACUGUUGAGCAUUCUGUGGGGUGAAACAGGGUUUGUGAAGGUGGAUCAGCUGUGGGGUGGGCUGUCGCUUGCUAUGCAGUGGGAGAGAGGCAAGCGCAUCAAUUGAGACAUACAGAAGA